GCGUGGCUUUGUCGAGGGGGCGUGGCCUACGGGCGGAUUAUGUCAACCCCGCGGCAGCCGCAGCCCCGAGCUGGGAGCGGCCGGAGCAGGGCCGCGGCCAUGGCGCUGCUCGUGCUGCUGCUGCUGCUGCUGGGGGGGCGCGGCGGCGCCAUCGUCAUCCCCCCCGAGUACUCGCUGCACGAGCUCCAGCAGCCCCCCGAGCUGACGGAGGCGCCCCCGGAGCAGCUCGUGGUGUUCCCCAGCGACGACGCCGUGCUCAAGUGCGCGGCCAGUGGCAACCCGCCCGUGCAGUUCCGCUGGACCCUCGAUGGCCGCCCCUUCCCGUCCCCGUCCUUGUCCCCGGCGGAGCUCCCGGGGGUCUCGGUGUCCCCCGGGGGGGGCACCUUGGUCAUCAACGCCAGCCUGGCCGGGCGCCUGCAGGGCCGGUUCCGCUGCGAGGCCACCAACGCGCUGGGGACAGCGCUGUCACCCGAGAGCAGGGUCAUCGCUGAGACCCCGCCGCAGUGGCCCAAGGAGAAGGUGACGCCGGUGCAGGUGGAGGAGGGGGACCCCGUGGUGCUGCCCUGCGAGCCCCCCCCGAGCGCCGUGCCCCCCCGGAUCUACUGGCUCAACAGCCGGAUCGUGCACAUCGCGCAGGACGCGCGGGUGAGCAUGGGCCAGGACGGGUUCCUGUACUUUGCCAAUGCCCAGGUCGGGGACAGCCACCCCGAUUACAUCUGCCACGCCCAUUACCUGGGGCCCCGAACCAUCAUCCAGAAGGAGCCGCUGGUCCUGCGCGUCACCCCCAGUAACUCGGUGAAGUCGCGGCCGCCCCGCCUGGUGGUCCCCAGGGACCCCCAACCCACCCACGUGGCCCUGAGGGGGGAGACCCUGGUGCUGGAGUGCAUCGCCGAGGGGCUCCCCACGCCCUGGGUGUGGUGGCGCCGGCUGAACGCGCCGCUGCCGCCGGGCCGGGCCGUGCUGGACAACUUCAACCACACGCUGCGGCUGCUCAACGUCAGCGAGGCCGACGACGGCGACUACGAGUGCGCGGCCACCAACGGGCUGGGCACGGCCAGGAGGAGCCACCGCGUCACCGUGCAGGCCGCCCCGUACUGGCUGCGGCGGCCGCAGAGCGGGGUGUUCGGCCCGGGCGAGACGGCGCGCCUGGACUGCCAGGUGGGCGGCAAACCCCGACCCCGCGUCAGCUGGAGCCUCAACGGGGUCCCCAUCGACGAGCUGCCUGACCCGGGCCGCCGCACUCUCCGGGACGGGGCGCUGAUCCUGUCCCGCCUGGAGCCCAACGACUCCAUGGUGGCUCAGUGCGAGGCCAGCAACAGCCACGGGCGGCUCCUGGCCAACGCCUUCGUCUACGUCGUGGAGCUGCCGGUGCAGAUCCUGACCCCGGACUCGGCGCUCUACACCGUGGUGGAGAACCAGACAGCGUUCCUGCACUGCCGGGCCUUCGGGGCCCCCGCGCCCACCGUGGAGUGGCUGAGCCCGGCGCUGGAGCCGGCCCUGCAGGACGAUCGCGCCUUCGCCUUCACCAACGGCUCCCUGCGCCUGGGCCGGCCGCGGCCGCCCGCCGCUUCGCGCUUCACGUGCCGCGCGCAAAACGCGCACAGCAACGCCAGCGUCAGCGCCCGGCUGGACGUGCGCGCGGCCACCCGGAUCGAGGUGCCCCCCCAGAGCGUCACGGCCAAGAAGGGCGAGACGGUGACGUUCACGUGCGGGGCGACCUGGGACCCCGGGCUGGAGCCGCGCGGGCUGCUCUGGCUGCGAGACGGGAGCCCCGUGCUCGAGAGCGCCGACAGCGACAAGUUCUCGGUGGCCGGGGACACGCUGACGGUGGCCGGGGUCGAUUACCCGGACCAGGGCCGGUUCCGCUGCCGCGCCUGGACCCGCCUGGACGCGGCCGAGGCUGAGGCCGAGCUCAGGGUCGUGGGCCGGCCGGGCCCGGUGCAGGACGUGCAGGUGCGGGAGCCGAGCGAGCGCCAGGUCCGGCUCAGCUGGACCCCGGGCGAGGAGCACAACAGCCCCGUGGAGAAGUUCGUGGUGGAGCAGGAGGAGGGCAUUUUCUCCCCGGGCCGUUUCGAGGAGGUGCUGACGGUGCCGGGGGUGCAGCCCUGGGCCCAGCUGGCGCUGUCCCCGUACGGGCGGUACCGGUUCCGUGUCCUCGCCGUCAACGGCUACGGGAGGGGCGAGCCCAGCGCGCCCAGCGCCACCGUCAGCACCGACCCCGCCGCCCCCGAGCGGUACCCGAUGGGGGUGAAGGGGGAGGGGAACGAGACCAACAACCUGGUGAUCACCUGGCAGCCGCUGCCCCCCGGGGACUGGAACGCCCCCGAGCUCCAGUACCGGGUGCAGUGGCGGCCGCUGGAGCCGGGCCGGGGCCGCUGGGCCGAGGCCACGGUCGGGGAGCCCCCCCUGGUGGUCCGGGACACCCCAACUUUCAGCCCCUACGAGAUCCGGGUGCAGGCGGUGAAUGAGGCCGGGAAGGGCCCCGAGCCCCCCGUGGUCAUCGGAUACUCUGGGGAGGACCUGCCCCUGGUGUACCCCGAGAAUGUGGGGGUGGAGAUCCUGAACAGCACCAGCGUCCGCGUCACCUGGAGCCUGAGCAGGGCCUCAAGCGACCUGCGGGGACACCUGAGGGGCUACCGGGUGCUGUACUGGAGGGACGGGUGGGUGGGGGAGCACCCCCGGCCCCCCGGGAGCCCCGAGCCCCCUCCCCAGCCGGGGGCGCUGACGGUGCCGGGCGAGGCCGGGGGCGCCCUGCUGGGGGCGCUGCAGCCCUGGAGCCGCUACCGGCUGCAGGUGCUCGUGUUCAACGGGAGGGGCGCGGGACCCCCCAGCGCCGAGAUCCGCUUCCACACCCCCGAGGGAGUGCCGGGCCCCCCCGAGGAGCUGCGCGUGGAGCGCCUCGGGGACACCGCGCUGAGCCUCGAGUGGCGGCGGCAGCGCCACCCCAACGGCGUCCUGAGCGGCUUCGUGCUCCAGUACCGGCUGCAGAACCAGAGCGAGGAGGGGAUCCCCAUGGAGAUCUUGUUCCCGCCCGGGACCCUGAACACGACCCUGGCCCGGCUGGAGCCGCGCGGGCGGUACCGGCUGGAGCUCCGCGCGCGCACCCGCCACGGCCCCGGCGCGCCCCUCGUGCGCCUCGGCAGCCUCGCCCCGGCCGUACUGCUGCCGGUGCUGGGCACGGUCGGGUUUGGGGAGGUGGGCGAGGAUUUCACGGAGCUGCGCUGGACCCUGGCCCAGCCGCAGGCCAACAUCGAGUUCGAGGUCGAGUACAUGAGCAAAACCACGGAGGAGCCCUGGCGCUCCUCGGGCCGGGCCAACUCCUCCCUGGGCCGGUACCGGCUCGGGGACCUCCGGCCCGGGACCUCGUACCGGGUGCAGUUCGUGGGCAGGAACCACUCGGGGGAGCGCGUGGCGUUCUGGGAGAGCGAGGUGCACACCAACGGCACCUAUCCCCAGGGGUG